AUGAAUGACAAAGUGGACAACGUCCGCGACAGGAGUAUGGAGCAAGAACGUCGCCCAGUGAUGCGACGCUCGCAACGUGUGCAGCAGGACGAGCUACGUGCAUCGGCAGCCAGACGGGAUAUCAGGUCGGCUGGUCCGCUAUUUACAUCAAAGGAUGUUGCGAAUAUUGUUAACUCCUUGGAUUCUCUAAAACCUAAACCUCAGCCGUCACCAGUUACAACUUUAUCACAUUCUAAUAGUCAUAUAAACCAGAAAAAUAUUCUUCCUGACUUUGAUCCUUCUUCAAAGGUUCAAAGGAUUGAUGUAUGGAUAAAGAAGGUUAACGAGUGCGCCACUGUUUACAGCUGGGAUGAAAAGACAGUUAUACAUUUUGCUAUGCAAAAACUCCCUAGAAUUGGCCAAACUUUGGUACGAAAGUUUAAAUUCGAUAUUGUUUAG